ACACACAAACUAGCGCAGCCGACAUUGGCCGAAUGCCAGGGUAUAAAGCUUUCACACAACCUGCUAUCUGGCUGUUUUAAAUUCAUAAUUUCAACGCCACGCUACUUUACGCUGAAUUACGGAACUAGAACUUCAACUGCUCAAGUUAAAACGAACGUCAAUUUAUGAGUUUGUAUAAAUUCCAGUAGCUAGCGCAGGUCCGUUUUAUUUCAUGUCUUGAGAAGGUUGCUAUAGUUCCACCUAGUAUUUAGUCCUGGCUGCAAGCGGGGAUACAGGCGUCGUGCGAAGGACCAGUAUAAAAAUUCAAGUAACAGGAACUAGCAUGCCUAGCGUUACCCAUCCGCUACAGGCUGCCUCCUUGUCAGGACAUGAUGCUUUUGUAGAAGGAGUUGAAUUCAGCAGUAAUGGAAAAUACAUAAUGUCAAGUUCUUCAGACAGGACAGUAAGACUAUGGAGUGUAAAAGAUUUCAAAGAGAAGGAACAUAAAUAUGUAAGAGCAAAUGUCGAUUUUGAUCAUGGAACAAAGGUCAACUUCAGCCCUGAUACAAGUGAAGAUACUAAGCAACAACAACCAGUUCGCUUCAGGGCAUUUAUUACAGCUUUGGCUAAUGGCAACACAAUCCGAGUAUUUAAAGUGUACAAGAAAAAGGAUGGAUCUGGCACUUCCAUUACUGGUGAAUUUGAUUUUCCUGUCAAACAUUCGGCAGAGAUCAUCAACAUUGCUGUGGCAUCCAGUGGCAAGUUCAUCAUGUCAUGUUCCAGUGAUACAACGAUAAUCUUGUGGAAUUUAAAGGGUGAAGUACUGUCGAUAAUUGACACUCGUCAGAUGAACAACAGCUUUGCAAGUAUAUCUCCUUGUGGGAAAUUUGUUGCAUCUGCAGGGUUCACCCCUGAUGUUAAACUUUGGGCCGUGGAGUUCACCAAGUCUGAUGAAUUCAAGCAGGUUUCAAGAGCAAUGGAGUUGAAAGGCCACACUGCUGGUGUUUAUCAUUUUAGUUUUUCAGCAGACUCCACAAGGAUGGCAACUGUAUCAAAAGAUGGAACGUGGAAAAUUUGGGACAUUGAUGUGGAGUACACCAAGAAGCAAGACCCUCAUCUACUUAUAACAGGGAUCUAUGAUGCUUCGUUUGGCGUUUACAACAACAUGUUCAUCAGCAUGUCCCCGGAUGCUUACGUCACGGCUGUAGCUAUGGGACGAUCCGUAGGAAUUUUCAAUACAGAAAAUGGGAACUUAGAAGAACUACUAGAGGAAGUACAUGGAGAUGAUAUCACAGCGAUCGCGUGGCACCCAAGCUCUCGUUACCUGGCCACCGCAGGAGGCGCGGACCGUCAAAUCCGCGUGUGGCAUAAUGCGGCUGGGAUCAAGGUUCAGAUUGAAGAUCUAGAGGGGCGAAUAAACCGUGCCAGAAACGAAAACGUUAAGGAGAGAUUGGAACAACAGGUUCUUGAAGCAAGAGCGUCAUUAGACAAGUUGAACCUCAUUGGCUAAAGAAGAAUUCGAUUUAUUGUCCAGCAAACAACAUUUAAAUUCUCAAACAAAAAAUAUCAACAAAAGGGACAAGACGCAAGAAAUAUUUAAAAUUAUCAACAUCGAAGACAGAAAAACGUUUUUAACGCGGGACAGUAGACCACGACGAAGCUUGUGUUUAUGUCGACCAACAACAGAACAGAGUGAAGAAAAAAAGACCUUCAACACAGCAUGCAAAUAUACAGAGUACAGUUAACAACGAAGAAAUGAACGGAAUUAAGAAUCAAAUGUACAAAUUGAUACGAAACGAACUGAUGGAGGAAACUUUUAUUUUACCUUUCAUGAAACUCGAGUCCUCCCUUCGCGUAUCAAUAAAUGCAACUUAACUUGAAAAACAAUAUGGGUGAUCUUGAAAUGGCCCAGCGUUUUAUUUGCUAAAGCUUUUACGUUAUGAUUUCUAUUUUAAGAGCUUUUUAAGAACAAUAAAGUUAUUGUCAUCAGUUA